GGUGUAUUGUGGGAUGUGCGGGGACUGGGAGCCGAGCCGCUGCCGCCAGCCGCCUCCUCCAGCAGCGGCAGCAGCAGCAGCAGCCGCCGCCGCCGCAGCAGCAGCAGCAGCCUCAGCUAGCCCCCGGUCCGGCCGCCCCAGCCUCGGCUCCCGCGGGGAACACCAUGUACAGGCUGGUCGCGCAGGGAGGCCGGCGCCCGGCGGGGAUGUUGGGUUAACGGCAUGGAGAGCAGUAGCCACCACCACCACCAGCAGCCUGGACCGUCGGGGGAGAAGAGAAACCACCAUUGGAGAAGUUACAAGUUGAUUAUUGACCCAGAGCUCAAGAAGGGGCAGCACAAACUCUACCGUUAUGAUGGACAGCAUUUUAGCAAGGCUACUCAGUGCUUUCUCUCGGUGAAAAUCGAGGACCCGAGAGUCAGAAGGACAUGGACAAAAACCAAGGAGUUGGAACUUCGUGUCCCCAAAUUCAAGAUCGAUGAGUUCUACGUGGGCCCUGUGCCUCCCAAGCAGGUGACUUUUGCCAAACUGAAUGACAACAUCAGGGAAAACUUCCUGACCGACAUGUGCAAGAAAUAUGGGGAGGUGGAGGAGGUGGAGAUCCUUUACAACCCCAAGAACAAGAAACAUUUGGGCAUUGCCAAGGUGGUCUUUGCCACUGUAAAGGGGGCUCGGGAGGCCGUGCAGCAUCUACACAACACCUCGGUCAUGGGCAACAUCAUUCACGUGGAGCUGGACACUAAAGGAGAAACUCGGAUGCGAUUCUAUGAGUUGCUGGUGAAUGGCCUGUAUACCCCCCAGACCCUCCCAGUGGGCCUCGAGCUGGACACUUCCCCAACAGUCAAUAAAACUUUACAGUUAACGGAUGCCUUGAAGCGCCUGAAGGAUGGUAGCAGUAGCGCAGCCUCGGCGGGCUCCUCGGCAUCGGUCACUCCCAACAGCAGCACGCCCUUCUCCCACGAUACCGCCUAUUCGAGCAGCCGCCUGGACACCCCCAACUCCUAUGGCCAGUGCACGCCUCUCACACCCCGCCUGGGCACCCCCUUCUCCCAAGACUCCAGCUACUCCAGCCGCCAGCCCACGCCAUCUUACCACUACAGCCAAGACUCGGGCUACAAGGCCCGCCGUCAUGAGACCAAGUUCACCGACGCCUACAACCGCCGGCAUGAGCACCACUAUGUCCACAACUCGUCUGGGGCUUUCCGCUCCUCUGAGCACACAUUUGGUGCUGUGGCCGCCUCUGGCAGCGGGAGUGGAGGAGGCGGAAGCAGCUCCUAUAAGCCCCACCUACAGCCAGAGGCCCCCCAGUAUUCCCAUACUCCCCCCUCGGCCCCCCUGGGCCACACUAGCUCCAACUACAAGUCAGCCUUCUCCCCGUAUCAGGCUCCGGCCCUGUUUGCCCCGCACCCCGAGGAGCCAGCCACUCUGCCAGCCUUUGCCCAGGGGGGCCGGGACAGUGGAGAGUACCGCCGGACACAGCCCCCGGCAGAGCCCCCGGCUGUUGUUGCUCCUCUGGCCAAAGAGAGACCCGAGACUCCUCCUGGGCCGCCGCCACCGCCACCACCCCCUGAGCUGAACAGCCUGGAGCCGGGUGGGGGCCCUAACUUUGGGUGGAGCCCUGAGCGUUGCAAUAGCCCUGGGACACCGACCUUGGAAUCAUCCCCAUCAACCUCAGAGAAGCCUCACGACAGCCUCGAUUCCCGCAUCGAGAUGUUACUGAAGGAGCAGAGAACCAAACUACCUUUCCUGCGGGAGCAUGAUUCAGACACGGAGCUGCGCAUGGAGGGCAGCCCCAUCUCUUCCUCCUCCUCUCAGCUUUCCCCACUGCCUACCUUUGGCUCCAAUUCCCAACCAGGCUUCCGAGGCCAGACCCCAUCCUCCCGCCCCUCCAGCACAGGCCUGGAGGACAUCAGCCCGACCCCCCUGCCAGACUCGGAUGACGAGGAAGACCUGGGCUUGGCUCUGGGCCUGGGCCCCCGACCCCCACCUGAGCCAGGCCCCCCCGACCCAGCUGGUCUUCUGGGCCACGGGGCCGAGACAAGCAAGGAGAUGUCUGGGGAGAGGACGCCCACUUCGGAAAAGAUGGAUGAGGGUCAGCAGUCCUCAGGUGAGGACAUGGAGAUCUCAGACGACGAGCUGCCCUCUGCACCAAUCACUAGCGCUGACUGCCCCAAGCCCAUCGUGGUGAACUCGUCAGUCACCACCCCGGCAGUGCUGGCGACAGCCAUCCCCCUGCCACCCCCUGGCUUCCCGCCACCACUGCCGCCUCCGCCACCCCCUCCUCCCCAGCCUGGUUUCCCCAUGCCGCCCCCAUUGCCCCCACCGCCACCGCCACCUCCGCCCCCCACCCACCCGGCCGUAACGGUGCCACCCCCACCCUUGCCGGCGCCACCACCUCCCCCAGGGGUGCCCCCGCCCCACAUCCUGCCCCCGCUACCUCCCUUCCAUCCGGGCAUGUUCCCCAUGAUGCAGGUGGACAUGAUGAACGUACUGGGUGGCCAGUGGGCUGGGAUGCCCAUGUCCUUCCAGAUGCAGACACAGAUGCUUAGCCGAAUGAUGCAGGGUCAGGGUGUGUGCCAGUACCCACCAUUCAUGGGUAGUGGUAUGCAGUUUGUGAAUCUACCCCCCUACCGGCCCUUCUCCAUGGGUGCCACGGUGGGACGGGGCCAACAGUGGCCCCCGCUGCCAAAGUUUGACCCCUCGGUACCACCUCCGGGGUAUAUGCCCAAGAAGGAAGACCCACACAAGGCCACUGUGGAUGGCGUGCUGUUGGUGAUCGUCAAGGAGCUGAAGGCCAUCAUGAAGCGGGACCUGAACCGUAAGAUGGUGGAGGUCGUAGCCUUCCGGGCUUUCGAUGAAUGGUGGGAUAAGAAGGAACGGAUGGCCAAGGCAUCACUGACCCCUGUGAAAUCAGGCGAGCAUAAGGACGAGGAGAGGCCAAAGCCCAAAGAUCGCCUCACAUCCUGCCUGCUGGAGACUUGGAGCAAGGGCGAAGGGCUGGGAUACGAGGGCAUGGGGCUGGGCAUCGGCCUUCGUGGGGCCAUCAGGCUGCCCUCUUUCAAGGUAAAGAGGAAGGAACCACCAGACCCAGCCUCUACUGGAGACCAGAAGAGAUUGCGGCCCUCCACCUCUGUAGAUGAGGAAGAUGAAGAGUCAGAGAGGGACAGAGACAUAUCUGACAUCCCCUCAGACCUCACCAAGAAGGACCCCGAUGGCGUCAGUAUCCGGAGGCGGCCGGCCCGGCCCCUGGAGCUGGACAGCGAGGGGGAGGAAGAGGAUGACAAGGAGGAGUCCUCUUCGUCAUCCUCAUCUUCGUCUUCAUCAUCGUCAUCGUCCUCCUCUUCUUUGUCAUCAUCGUCAUCGUCAUCCUCAGAGAAAGAGGAGGAUGAGGAGGACGGGCUAGCCAAGACCUCCUCUGACAAGGAGGAGGAGGAAGAGGAGGAUGUCGAUGAGGAAGAGGAUGAGGAGGAGGAAGGGGAUGAAGAGGAAGAUGAAGAAGAAACAGCUGAGGUGGAAAUUAGCGAGAAAGAGGAGGAGCUGGACUCUGAAGGAGAGGAUGUUGGAAGCAUGACCUCUUCCAAAGCAGAGGCUGUGUCCUCCGAAGAAAGCGAGGACUCUUCAGAUUAUGAGUCCAGUUCAGAGUCUGAGGAGGAGGAUGAGGAAGAGGAGGAAGAGGAAGAAGAGGAGGAGGAGGAGGCUGAGUCCGAGGAAGUAGUAGAGGAGACAGCAGCUGGGGAAGGCCAAGACCUGCCGGGAGCUGGGGAACCGGCCAUGGAGGCAAGAGCGCUGGUCGAGGAUGAUGACGAGGUGGUGACCAUCCUGGAGCUGACGCCGGUGGUGGAUGAGCCAGACCUGCCCAUCUUGGGGGCGGAGGAGACGGCAGGAGUCGGGGAUGCCCCGGAGUUGCCGGGCCUCAAGCAGGUGGGAGAGAUGUUGGCAGAGCUGCCUGCUUCAGCUGGUCCCCCAGAGCCACCAAGGCACCUUACCCCGUCACCUGUGGAUGCUUCAGGGGAAGAGUUAGAGACGGACCUGGAACCUGCAGAGAUCCCCAAGGAGACGUCUUUGCGGCAACUACAACGAUUGCCCAGCCCGCCUGGCCUCCCCCCAGAGGCCACACCUCAGCAGGCCAGCUUCCUUCGGGAGGCUGAGGUGGAGGGCCGGCCCCACACCCUAGGCCCCAAGGUGGUCCUUCCUCUGGAGCCAGAGCCCCUUAGGCUUCAGCCUCUGUUUCCUGCCAGGCCUCCCCAGCCACUGCCUCUCCUGGAAGAGCCGCUACCUGAAGAACCACCGCCCCGGACGCCAGGCCGGGACCCUCUGGCAAAGUCCCAGAGCACAGAGACUGUGCCAGCCACACCGGGCAGUGAUACUCCCCUCACUGCCAGCAGCCUGGCCCUCAGUUCCCCCCAGGUUCCCAGCAGCCCCUUCUCCUACCCGUCUCAGUCCCCAGGGCUCAGUGGCGGUGGCAUCCCUCGGACGCCUGGGCGAGACUUUAGCUUCACACCUACUUUUCCGGAGCCUGUGGGGCCCCUACCGCUGUCUGUGUGCUCCCUUCCACCUGGCAAGAAGCUCCCUGGGGAUGAUCGGCCAGGGCCUGGUGCUCCAGCUUCUUCCAGUCCCCUAGAAACCAGUUUCCCCCUGCCCGUCUCUCUCCCGGUGCCACUUUCAGUACCAGUUCCUCUGCCAGUCCCUCUACCUCUUCCUCCAGGUCCACUGCUACCCCGCUCCUCCACCUUGCUACCUCUGCCCUUGACUUUGCCCCUGGCUCUUCCUCUGGCCCCUUCCCUACCAACCCCCUGUCCUCCUCCCACGAAAAGGAAGCCAGGGAGGCCCAAACGUUCCCCUCCAGCUGUGCUCACCCUGGACGUGCCUCCGGGAAGGCUCACCACUUUGCCUCCUGAGGCAGCGGGCCCCAAGCUGCUGCUGCUGGCAGGGCAGCCCCCUGCCGCUGCCUCCUUCCACGGGGCACCAGACCCCCGAGUUGUGACAUUGGACUUUAGGAACGACGGGGGCCUCCCUCCCCCACUCCCGCCCCCACCGCCACCUCCACCCCCGCCCGAUGAGGCCACCAAGCUCCCUUUCAAAGAGCUUGAGAAUCAGUGGCUGGAGGAGCCACCUCCUCCCAGCCGAGGGCCAGAGGAGGAAGUGGAGAGUGGUGACGGAGGGGGCUUCAGCAAACCCAAAUUGCCUUGGCGCCGACCUCCUAAGAAGCGGCACGAGGACAUGGUUGUGCCCCCCCUGCCGCCACCUUCCCCCGACUUCUCGUCACCCCAGCGGCCCCUCUUCCGGCCCCGCUCGGAGUUUGAGGAGAUGACCAUCCUGUAUGACAUCUGGAACGGUGGAAUCGAUGAGGAAGACAUCCGUUUCCUAUGUGUCACCUAUGACCGGCUCCUCCAGCAGGACAAUGGCAUGGACUGGCUCAAUGACACGCUUUGGGUCUACCAUCCCUCCACCAGCUUCUCUACUCCCAAGAAGAAAAAGCGAGAAGACGGCAUUCGGGAGCACGUAACCGGCUGCGCCCGCAGUGAAGGUUACUACAAGAUCGACAAGAAGGACAAAUUAAAAUACCUCAACAACAGCCGAGCCUUUGCCGAGGAGCCCCCAGCAGACACCCAGGGCAUGAGCAUCCCUGCCCAGCCACAUGCCUCCACUCGGGCAGGCUCCGAACGCCGCUCGGAGCAACGGCGCCUUCUCUCCUCCUUCACGGGAAGUUGUGACAGCGACCUGCUCAAAUUCAACCAAUUAAAGUUCCGGAAGAAAAAGCUGAAAUUCUGCAAGAGUCACAUCCACGAUUGGGGCCUUUUCGCCAUGGAGCCCAUCGCAGCUGACGAAAUGGUCAUCGAGUACGUGGGACAGAACAUCCGGCAGGUAAUCGCAGACAUGCGGGAGAAGCGCUAUGAGGACGAGGGCAUCGGGAGCAGCUACAUGUUUCGGGUUGACCACGACACAAUCAUCGACGCGACAAAGUGUGGCAACUUUGCCAGGUUCAUCAACCACAGCUGUAAUCCAAACUGCUAUGCCAAGGUCAUCACCGUGGAGUCCCAGAAGAAGAUUGUCAUCUACUCCAAACAACAUAUCAACGUCAAUGAAGAAAUCACCUAUGAUUAUAAAUUCCCCAUCGAGGAUGUCAAGAUCCCCUGUCUGUGUGGCUCUGAGAACUGCCGGGGGACCCUAAACUAGGAUGCCAGGGAGCUGGGCGUGCUUUGCCAAAAAAGAAAAAGAAAGGGAAGAAAGGAAGGCCCCGCCAAUCCAGCCCGGUCCAACGAGUUGCUUUGGGCACAGGCUCCUCCGAGCCCAGCUCUCCCUAGCCCAUCUUCUGGUGCUGUCCCUCACCCCAGGCCCAGCUCGGGGCCACCCCAACACUACCCACCCUCCUGAAUUCUCUCUUCCUCCUCUUCCUCCUCCCUGUGGGAAAAGAUGCUCCCUCCCUCUCAGAUUUUUGAAUUAUUAUCUUUAAUGAAUUUUUUUAAAGUCACACAUAUUCCCUCACCCACAAAUGCUGCUACAUUUUUUUUUUCCUCCUCAAAAAAAACAAGGAUAAAAAAAAGACAUUUUUCACCAUUCAAAUGUGGAGCCAGAGAUGGAGGGAGAAGUAUUAUGUUUUUUGGAAGAGAGGUUAGGGUGCAGAGUUUGGAGGAGGAGGAAGAACAGGGACCUUGGGUGCCGAGAUGAUGGCCGUUGGCUCCCUGUCCUUAGUAUGUUUCGGGAGCCUUCCCUUCUCUGCCCACCCCCACCGAUGUUCAGUUCUCUUAAGACCCUGCCCUGCCCUUCAGCCCUAACGUUAACCUUGGGGUGCCAGAGGAGGGAGCAGGGAGAGGGGCAAGGCCCUCCCUUCUCCAUAACACUAUUCCUCUGAGUGUCACCCAAGGCUUGGCUAGGAGGCCCUUGGUUAGGAUGAAGUCUCUGGUAGGGGAAGGACCCUGGCCAAGUGGGCCCUUGUAGCCCUUGCUCCUCAGGAUCCUGGACGUUCUCCGUCUCAGCCUUGGGGAGCAGAGACAUACCGAAAGCCAAUGAUUAGUCUCCUGCCCCACCCCAAUGUCCUUCCCUUUCUCCUACCCUGCCCCAGCCCCUCCCCUCCCCCCAGCUCCUCCAUCUGUUGGGAUGGCCUUCAGUGCUCACUCACUCUUCCCCUCCCUCACUGGGUCUGAGCUGGAGACCUGCAGCUAUUCAUGUGAGGUUGGGGAGGGUGGGGCUGGUCUGCUUGGCUUUUACUCUCUCUCUCUUUUUUCUUGAUCUGUCUUCCUUCCCUGGUGCUGGGGAGCCGGGCAGGUGCUAUGUAUAUGUUGGGAAGUGGGACAGAACUGGGCAUGGGGGAGCCUGGCUUCUUGAGGUUCACCUUCUCAGACCGUGUUUCUUGCCCUUGCCUCCACCUCCCACCCCAUGGCCACCCCUGGGAGCUAGCAGGGGACAUGCCUGGAUCUCUAAAAUGUUUACUUUCUCAUUCAGAUGCCAGCAAGAAGGGGGUUAGACAGAGUGGUCAGGGUGAGGGUGAGCUUUCCCUCCCCUGAGCCGCCAGCCUGCCCCCCGAUAGCCAGCAGCCAGGGCAGGGCCCUUUCGGUGCUGUGUGGUUUACUCCCCAAGAGCCUAGGGAAGGGGACUGGGCAGGGGCUCCCAUGGGUGGGAGCCCCCCUAGUGCUUGGCUCGUCCAGGCUGGAUCCUUCCCUGGCAGAUACGGUGGAAACCCAGGGGAGAAGAGGCCCGAGGGCUACUCCCCAAGGCUAAUGUGCUUCCUACCCUCUACCCUUUUCCCUACCUCUUCCUUUCUCUGCCAUUACGGGUUGUCUUUUAUGAUAGGUGUUUCUCUUUCAGAAGACACACCACAAAACUUUCAUCUGCUCUCUGCUGGGAUCCCUGGGCCCGGGGACACCAUUGGGCUUCCCUCACCUCAUUCUGUCCAUCCAUCUAUCCGUCCGUCCGUCUGUCCUACUUACCACCAGCCUGUCCACUUCCCUGUCUCUAUCCAGGAUCCCCAGGGUGGAACCAGGGAGGGACGGGAACCCAUCUUGAAGAUAUUUAUACUGAAAAAAAAUGCAAACAGUUUCAUUUUCUCCCGUGAGGAAGGAAAAAGAAAACGAUUUUUUAAUGUUGGACAGAAAUCUCCAGUAGCUUUCAGUAGGUGUGUCCCCCAUCCCCCGCACCCCAAAAUCUUUCAAGAUUCAUUUCAAUGCUUUUUGUGUAUAGAACAGGAAAGACUAAAAGGACACAUAAAAAAAGCCACAAGCGUUUUGGAGUAAAAAUCAACGCCUCAUCUGUACAUAGGCCACUGGGAUGACCUUCUCUUGGGAACAUUGUUUCUUGUAGAAACACGUGGAAAAAAAAAUUUUUUUUUUUGAGGAUUUCUUUGUACUUAGGGGGGGAAAGCCCCGAUAAACCCAACAACAGGGAAAAAAAAACAAGUGAGUUUGUAAAUAUGAAAAAAAGGAACUUAGUAUAAUUUGGACUCGUUUUUAGCAAGAUGACAGCUUUCCCUCCGAGCCGCCCGCUGAAGCCCCAGCUCACGCGAGGAGCUGCUAGCAUCUUUCUCGGCUUGUGUCAAGCUUCUUACUGUGUAAAUUCUGUACAAAAGAACUUGGGUUUGGUUUGGGGGUUUGGGCUUUUUUUUUUGUUUUGAUUUUUUUGGGGGGGUUCUUUUUGUGUGUGUGCCCUGAUGUAUGUGUGUGUGUGAGUGCGUGUCCAGUUAGACAAAAUUAGCAGCAUCUAAAUGGAGGGGAAAAUGCAGGCCAGCCAUAGGCCUUCUGGCCUUGUCUGCCAACUUAAAUGUGCAAGAGCAAGAAAAAAAAAGUAUAUAUAUUUAUUUCACAGAAGGAAGACAUGUACAGUGUGUGGAGAAGGGUCUAUUUAAGCAAGUUCUGGAUCCCACCCCGACUCCCCUAAGAGAUGGUUCUCUCCCAAACUUUAGAUUGGGGCAAGCACUAAGGGAGAAAAGGGGGCAGGCACAGGGUGGAUUGGAUGGGACCCGUCCUCCCCCAAAUCCCUCACCCUCCCUUCACCAAGUUGGUUCCAAGAAUGAAAGCAGGGAAGGGCCCCCUCCAUCAGAGGAGGCGAGAUGGUUUGAAAUAACUAAGAAAAUGCAGUCAUUUUUUAGUUUGAUUUGACUUGACAAAUUCUUUGCCUUGAAGAUUUCUGCCUCUAGGUAUUCUUUUUGUUUCUUUUGGUUUGUUUUCUCCCCUCCCUCCCCCCUUAAAAAAAAGGCAAUUGGAUUUUUGGGCCAUUUUGUGCAUCUAGACCCCGCCCUCUGUACAUCACCUGUUUUUGAAGAGAAAUGUUUUUGUUGUGGGUGCAUCUUGCUGUAAAUAUUUGUUCAUAUUUUUGUGAAUUCAAUACUAUGUACCAUUGUAUUAUAGUAACUUUUAUAAAGCAAACCCUAAAUAUACUGACUUUUCUUACAGAAA